GUCUGCUCGUGAGGAGUCCAACACUCAGGGAUUACACAGCGUUAUGAUGUAUUUCCGGAUUAUACACCAGGAGACAUACUGCAGUACAGAGAGAGAGCUGGCACAGUUGUGAAGUAGCAGCAUCUGGACAGGCAGCUCAUCGCCCAAGAAACUUCUUCUCGGAGUAUUUUUUCUGAUGCAUGCAAAUGGUUUUCAACUCCUAUCAUACUGCUCAUAUUUGCUCAGACGAUCUUUUUCCUCCAGUUGUUUUGUGGAAGUUUAUUUUCUUGACCAUUUAUCACCUUUUCAUUUUCUAAAAUCUCCAACAAGACAGAAAGCAAAGAAACUUGGAGUGCCCUCUGGUGCCAGGGAAAAAGAAUCAUGUAUUUGAACAACAGAAAUAAUGCCAUAAAUGUAGAAAGGAGUAAAAAGAACAUAAAAGGGAAAACAUGGGCGCACUUGAAGACAAUUCCUCGCCAGGAAGACGUUUUCACCGUGAUGUCUCCAAAUUUGGGCACAAAGGUGGGGACAAAAGGGAAUGCGGCAAAGGAUGAGGCAGCGAUGCAGCACACAUCAUUUGGAAAGGCCUUGUAUGAUCUGACCCAUUCAGAGAGGGUGAUGAAUGACCUGAUAUUUGGACGCCGAGUAGGGCUUUAUGAGCUGAGAGGGCAGAUCGGGUCUGGAAACUUCUCCCAGGUUAGAUUGGGAAUUCAUGAUCUGACCAAAGAACGAGUGGCUGUAAAAAUCCUGGAUAAGGUGCGUCUGGACAAACGCUCCCAGGAUCUUUUUGCCUCUGAAAUCUCUUGCAUGGAGAAGCUGACCCACCCAAACAUAGUACGCCUGUAUGAGGUGGUGGAAACAUUCAAGCGGCUCUACCUGGUGAUGGAGUAUGCCAGUGGAGGGGAGCUGUUCUCUCGUAUCAGCAGCAGGGGGCGCCUGUCAGACCUGGAGAGCAAGCUUGUGUUUUCACAGGUCCUGUCUGCAGUCAGACAUAUGCAUGAUAAUAAUAUGGUCCACAGGGACCUGAAGGCUGAGAAUGUCUUUUAUACCAGCACGUACUGCAUUAAAGUGGGUGACUUUGGUUUUAGUACAUCCUGCUGCCCCAGCGAUGUCCUCCACACAUUCUGUGGUUCUCCACCUUAUGCAGCCCCUGAGCUGUUCAAAGAGAAAGGCUACAUUGGUCGGUAUGUAGAUCUCUGGGCACUGGGUAUUUUGCUUUACUUCAUGGUGACCGCCACAAUGCCGUUCAAAGCCACUAACACAGGCAAGCUUAAGUGCUGCAUCCUGCAGGGCUCAUAUACAAUUCCCUCUUAUGUGCCCCAGUCAUGCCAGGAGAUUAUUAAGGGUCUCUUGAGGCAAGUUCCUGUGGAUCGCCUUACUAUGACACAGAUCAUGGAGAGUGACUGGAUGAGAGGCAUCGAAUACCCCCAGGCCUACCCACCUUGUAGGCCUACACCCUCCCAUCUGGCUGAGCCCAACUACAUCCUCACUUCAGAUGAUCUAAAUUUAAAAGCAAUGCUGGAGGAUCUCGGCAUCACCAAAGUUCACCUUCUCAACAACAACCUAAACUUGCAAAGCCCGAUAACCGGUACAUAUCGGAUUUUGCUGCAUCGAAUCCAGAAGAAGAGGUCUGUGGAAGCUGUGGGUUACAUUCAGACAUGCACCAGAGAGUCUCAGAACAGACUCAGAUGGAGAGCAAGCUCAGAUGGCUUGCUAAACAAGCGCCACUCUGUGGUCUGUAUCAUCAUGUAGUUUUUGUUUCUUAAAGAAACCAAAGAGCAUAGCUCCAAAGUUGGAAAGCUUUGUUUGUUUGUUUGUUGGCCUGAAAAACAAUCAUGAGAUGAGAAGAUGGGUACAGUUUCUAGGAGCCAGAAAGCAUUUACUUAGCUUAAUAAAGACCUGCCAGUGAAUCCAUAUAUGGCCCCAUAAAUGUCUCUAUUUUUAUCUAUCUAUCUAUCUAUCUAUCUAUCUAUCUAUCUAUCUAUCUAUCUAUCUAUCUAUCUAUCUAUCUAUCUAUCUAUCUAUCUAUCUAUCUAUCUAUCUAUCUAUCUAUCUAUCUAUCUAUCUAUCUAUCUAUCUAUCUAUCUAUCUAUCUAUCUAUCUAUCUAUCUAUCUAUCUAUCUAUCUAUCUAUCUAUCUAUUUAUUGUCAUGUGAGAUUGGUAAAAGGGUGAAAUGGUUUCACUUUUGAGCAGCUUUUGGAUUGUAGAGGUCACUGUGAAUGCCAGUGUACACAGUGUCAUACUCUGUGACCAUACUUGGCAAACUUUUGUGAUUUUUACAAUGUGAGUUGCGUUUAAACCAACUGAGCCUGACAGAAAUGUUAUGAGGGCUGACAGUGAACCGGGUUCAUCUUUCAGUAAGGUAAGAGGAAUCUCAGUAAAUGAGUGUCAGUUGGUUCUAACAUAAUGUGUUUCUGUUUUUAGGGGUUUUCAUUGAAUUUCAUGUUUAUUUCUUAUAAAAACAUAAAUUUUAUAUUGCGGGCAUAGUAAUAUGUAGCUUGCCCAAAGUGAUAUUCAAAACCAAACACCUGUCAGUUACUUAGAUUGUUUUUCAGUAAGUUUAAAACUUCAACAGAUGGUAGAACAUCCGCCCUUUUCUCUUUUCUGCUAGUCUCCAUAAAUCUCCUGUAACGGCUUUGAUCCUUUGCUCAUACCAAGGCUGCUGGCUUGUGUUUGGCUCUGUGUUCUGACUAGCUUUAUCUUUAGCCACUUUGCCUUUGUCAGCUUUUUAAAAAAUAUCAAAUUCAGCUGGCUGAGGGUGAGCCUGAUUAGGUGUGAUGUUAGGAAUGUGUCACACCCAUGACAGGUUACUAGCAAAAGACAAAAUUUUCAUUCACUGAUGAUUAAAAGCAAAUCUUUAUUUCACAUCAGUAAGUGUGCACCCACUUCACUCCACUGGUCUGAUCCCAGUUCACAUCUGCUCCCCCAUAGUUACUUCCUCCUUUUUCCUUCAAUGCCAAAUGCCACACAUGGUUUCACAAUGAAGAGCUUCCAUGCUAAUAGCAUGUUUGCACGUGGCUGUGAGUGUGUGCACAACUAUAUACCUGUGCUGCUGUGUGCAUCUUCCCUAUGCAUGAAACAGUCAUGCUCGUAAUCAGACAUACGGUAGGCUAACCAACCAGUUGCUGGUCACUAGUCUUGUGAAGAUUGCUGGAAAUCAGUGGAUUCUGGUUCCUGGGCAGUCAAUCGUUGCAACUCUACAGAAAGUGACUGAAUUAGCCCGGGGUGGGCAAUUAAUUUUAUUGUGGGGCCACAAGAGAAACUGGGACUAUUAGGAGCACCAAUGAACUGAAUUAAAUUUGGCUUAAUAUUAAUUUUAUGUCUUUAUAAACUGCUACUGUACAUGUUACAAUUAGGCAAUGAAAAUGUAAACUAGGCACAGUAAAACACCAACAUUUUUUCAUUAUUUAAUCACUAUCCCCCAAAACACUUCUCACCACUUGUCAGCACAAUUGCAAAAUUUCAGAGACUUGUGACUUUCUGCUGAGUGCGCACGCUUGCUUUUGCAGUGAUAAUUACUUUAUCUGCAUGCUUUCAGUUCUUUUUCAUGUUCAGUGAGAGAAAUCUAACCUGUUUUGGCCUUGAACAAGUGCAAUGUCUAUUCCAGAUACAACAUAAACAAUAUGGUUAAUUUUUAGCACUGACUCACACACCUCCUGGUGUAUAACACAAUGUAUAAAGUUCUGGGUCCAUUUCAGUCACUUUGUCUUGCAGCCACUUCAAAAGUCUGACUUUUUUCCCUAUCAGGUUUGGGCAGCCAUUGGUUGUAACACCUGUCAGUUUGCUCCAUUUCAGCCCAAGCCUAUCUAAGCAUGCAGUUUCUUCUGUGAUCUUUUCCAUGUCAUAGUCCCUUUCAUUGAGCACAUUGCUGCCAGCUCCUCUUUAAUCUCAAACUCUUACGCUAUUCCACGUACAAAGAUGGGCUCUGUCGUGGACAUCACAGCUCUCAUCCAGAGCCAAGACCAAAAAGUCAAAAUUGUCUGCUUUGUUUUUCAACUGAUGCUCCAGAUUGUGGGAAAAAUUACUGCUCCAUCUUUGGAUUUGUAAAGUUCUUGCUGCUUUUGUGUGUAAAGGUUCAGAUGCCCAGCCCUGCUCUACAUUAGUCAAGGUCUUGUAUUUCUAGGCUCUCCACAAACUAAACACACAACUUUGCCUCAGAGUUCAGUAAAUAAAUACUUACAAGUCCAUGUCUUGUUAAAAAGUCUGAUAUUCUGCUUUAUAUUUUUUAAUCUGAACUGACAUCUUUUGGAGCUCAAACUCACAUCUCUUCAUUUCCCACAAAAUUGCAAAAAAUAGUAAGCCAUCUUCUGAUAGGGAGUUUAUCAGAGUACUGUAUUUCAUGAUUGAAAUCUGACAAACUGCUGAUUUAUACUAAUACAGAUAUAUAUAUACUAAAUUCCCAUUGAACUCUGGCAGGCUGGUCAGAGACAACCAAUGAGCAGAAUGUGACCUGUGGGUCAUACAAUGCCUGGGUCUGUAUUAGGCAGUUAUUUUUGAUAACUUCUGAAUUUUGUUCUUUUGUGUACUGUAUUUACAAUAACAAAAAUGUGUGUAAAUUUUUACCUUUUGAUAUUUGAUUUCCUGAAAUCUACAUACUAUCCACGACUCUAUGGCAGCACUCACUAUAGUUCUGAUACAUAUUACUACCAUGCAUUAAAAGAAUAUUUUUUAUUUGAUACAUUCACUGAUCAGCAUGUAAUGAAGUAGAUGUUAUGACAAGUUUUCGAGUUUGAUUAGGGUCCUAAAUUAUCACAGUAAUAAAUAUAAUGUCAGUUUCAAAUAACUUUGCAAUGUGUAAUGUUCUUCGACUGCUUUCAUCUAGUUUCUUGAUCCAGUUCCCUUUUUAACACCUUCAUAAGAACCAUAAUUUAUAGGCAAUGUUAUUCCAUCACACAUGGCAGUCUUUGGCAAUAAAUCUGUUUCACUUUGCAAUUUUUCAAAACAAAAUGAAACAAAUGAUAAAUGGGUGGCAAACAUUAAUUUUCCAUUUUAUUGAUGACUUCACAAAAUGGAUAAUUACCUGCAGCAGCUAUAAAGCAAAUAUGAACAGGAAACAAAUCUCUGCUCUGACUUUGUCAUUUCCAUUUUUAUUGUUUUUACAUAAUGCCCUCAGCUUUUCUAAUAUGUCUUCAAACAUUUCGUGUAAUGUAUCACUUUUGUUUCAGUGUAAAGUGAUCAUUUCAUGUUUUUCUCCCUUUUUUUUCCAACUUAAAAACAUAUGCUACAAUUUCUGCUCUUGCUGCCAACCAGCUAGUCCUUUCUGCCUCGACAUGCACAUUCAUCAGCAUUACUGUUGCAUAAACAAGAAGGAGUGAAGCCUCAGCACCAAAAACCCUUUUAAGCUGCAACCCGAUUCUUUGACCUCUGAUGGUGGUAGAAUAACUAAUCAUACUCAAAGUAAUUUUGCAUGUCCAUCAAUAUUUUUUAUCCCAUUGAUGUCUUGGUAAUUAUUUUGUAUUUUGUCAGACUAUCCAUCACGUUUGCCUUUCAGCUAAGUUGGCAACAUUUUCAAAUACAUUCUUCAACAGCAUACAUGGAUGAUUCUGUUUUUAAAUAUCAUUGCCCUAUGCUAAAUUUAUUUAUUUAUUUUUUUAAAAACACUUAAAAUCAAUC